AAACAAACUUCGCGGUUAGUGCCGGUUAACGCUGUAAACAUCACGAACGUAAAGCGAACACGACAGUGUCGUGAAGAUUCCAACAUGGCGACUGCAAUGACAGGACGCGGUGUCGCUCUCAUCAGGAACAUGUCCGCUGUGUUUCACUGGAGACUGCAGGUCCGUCCUCAGCAGCUCUCGUGUCUCCACACCAGCGCCUCCCUGGAAUCUAAAGAGUGGGAGAAGAAGAACAAGAAGGUGUUUCCUCCUCAGCUGCCGGACGAGCCUCGCAGACCCGCAGAGGUCCACCACAGCAGGAGGCAGAUCAAGUACAGCAAAGACAAGAUGUGGUACCUGGCAAAGAUGAUCCGAGGGAUGAGUGUGGACGAGGCCGUCGCCCAGCUGGAGUUCAACGACAAGAAAGGGGCGAGGAUCAUGAAAGAGGUUAUUCUUGAGGCGCAGGAGAUGGCAGUGAAGCAUCACAACGUUGAGUACAAAUCCAACCUGUAUGUCGCGGAGUCGUACUCGGGCAAGGGGACGUACCUGAAGCGGAUCCGGUACCAUGGCCGCGGGAUGUUCGGCAUCAUGGACAAAGUUAACUGCCACUACUUCGUCAAGCUGGUGGAGGGUUCGCCUCCGAAGACGGAGGAGAGGACGAGCCUGGACCAUGCCAAAGAGUACGUCCAGCACCUGAAGAACAGAACCAUCAUCCACAGUCUGUAGUGUGUGUGUGUGUGUGUGUGUGUGUGUGUGUGUGUGUGUGUGUGUGUGUGUGUGUGUGUGUGUGUGUGUGUGUGUGUGUGUGUGUGUGUGUGUGUGUGUGUGUGUGUGUGUGUGUGUGUGUGUGACAUUUGUAAAUAAAUAAAUGAUUGACCUGAUGAUGUUGUCUUCUAGCGUUUAUAUUUUUGUCUUAUAUUUUACUGUAACACAGACUGCAGUUUCAUGUAGAACCACGAAGACGAGUCAGACAAACGUCAGAUAAUAAAUGUGGAAGCGAUUAUAAACAAAA